CCCUGCGUAGGAGGAUGGAUGGCUUUACCCACAACAUUAAUCACCCCUACAUGUGCAGUCCACUUAAAGUUGGUUUUAAAGAUAGCACCAAGGACCUUGGCCAUGCACACAACCUCGAGUUCAGAUGCGCCAACAAACAGUCUGGGUAUUGAACAGACAGUCUGGAUAGUCUUCGCAAGAAACAUAUGAACAAAACCUUCCAUUUAGUUGGAUUGAUCUGCAUGUAGUUUCUGUCAGUCCAGCUAACUAGACUGUCCAGAUCAGUUUGUACUUUGGACGGAUGUGUCGCAAGACUGGCCUCUGGAAGAGACAUGUCAUCCAGGCCCCUGCUGAAGUAUCCUCAUGGGAGGGGGAUGCACCGUUUAUAUGGGCAAGGAAGACCAGGGGACAAAGCUUCGUACCUUGAGGCGCCACUCCACAGGCCCCUCCCCACGAACCCAGGCCCCGUGGAGCCCCCGGACGGUGGAUGGGGCUGGGCGGUGGUGCUGGCCGGCUUCAUCAUCUUCGCCUGCACCUGGGGCAUCGUCCGGUCACUCGGCGUUUUCUUCAUACCGUGGAGGGAACAGUUCCCUGACGCCACGGCAGGAGAAAUCGCCUUGGUGCAGUCCAUCUUGGCAGGAAUGACGACCUUGGCAGCCCCAGUGGCGAGUGCCCUCGGUCGGAGGUUCGGCUUCCGUCCGACCAUCAUGGCGGGAGGGGUGGUCGCAGCGGCGGGGUUCUCUCUCAGCUGGUUCGCAACUCGGCUUAUCCAUCUCUAUAUCACCAUCGGCUUCAUUGCAGGGUUGGGAAGCUCCCUGUGUUUGAUAAACGUGUCCACAAGUGUUGGGAGAUACUUCACAACCAAGCGACUCCGCGCCAACAGCUUUAUAACACUGGGGUCCGGAAUCGGCUCCCUCGGAUUCCCGCCUCUCUGUCAGUUCUUGUUGGAUGAGUACGGAACAAUAGGCGCAUCAGUGAUACUAGGCGGUAUCGUACUUAACAUGACAGCUUUUGGUGCUCUAGUUCGGCCAAUACUUCUUGUGACUGACAUCAAACCGGAUCAAGACAUACGGAGAAUGUCGCCCUCGGUGUCGAAGGAAUCUUUCCUUACCGACGAUCAAGACGAGGACUCCGAAAAAGUUUUCCAACCGAAACGAUUCUUUCCCACCGUGUACUGUAGCCUCCUGAAAGAUACUUCAUUUUCGUUGUACCUUGUAUCAUUAGGGCUGUCAUCGUCCUUUUAUUUAAUCAGUGAAAUUUAUCUUCCACCUCGCGCAAAACGGCUCGGUGUUGACGACUAUCAUGCAGCUUUUCUUCUGUCCAUCAUCGGCAUUACAUUAAUCGCUGGUCGCGUUCUGGUCGCACUUCUGUCCAAGUGGGAAAACCUUCCUCUCAAUUCCGUCGAUCAGUAUGCAACAGCUGCCACGCUUCUUGGCCUGACCAUGCUGUUUAUGCCCCUCGCCACUUCCUACGGUUCCAUGGCUACUUACAGUGUCAUGUUCGGACUAUUUACUGGCGCCAUCAUUCCCAUGAUGCUCACGGCAACAGCAGACCUUGUGGAUAGUGACAGCCUGCCCGCGGCGUUUGGAGUCACCGGGUUCUUACAGGGUGUGACGGGACUUGUCGGUCCUCCGGUGUCAGGGGCACUGCGUGACGCCACAGGAAACUAUGACGCGACGUUUCUAUUCGGAGGCGCAUGCGCAACGCUUGGAGGGCUGGUUCCAUUCCUACUGCACAUGCGCGUGUUUGCCAAACGCAGGGCACGGUUUGGCAUGGAAACGCCGUCGUCUGAUGACGUCACCGAAAAGGGGAUACGGGAGACUUAUGAUAAUGAGAUUAUAAGAAAACCUUCAAUAUGAUUUUUGUUGUGAAAUCGCGACAAGAUGAUUCUUGUACAAGGACUUCAAUCUUAGCACAAUAAACUCAAUUCGGGUGUUACAAUUUCAGUGGUAAUCAUGCAAUGAAAUGAAAUGGAUGCUGACAAGUAUUGGCCCAUCAGCUGUACGUAUAGGACUCUUAGCGUAAGAGAACUAUCGAUUUCUUAACGUUUCUCCAAACAGGGAGUAUUGUGCAA